AUGGAUUGUAUUCGUUUCUGGACUGUCAUUUUUGCAUGUGGGUUCAUCCUAUUUUUGUCCUUGUUCCUAAUCUUGAAAUACUAGAUUGAGUUUUACAGAUAUCCUGUAAAGAAUUAGACGAAUUCAGAAACCACAGCGAUAGUAUCUGCUUGCGUGUACUUGGCUCUGACUAUUGGUUUCAUAGUUUGGGGCAAGAGAAGGGCUGAGAAACAUAAGUUAGAUAUCUAAUAGCAAUACAACAAUUUGCCAGCUAAUUAAUUCGAAGCAGCUCCUGAAAUCGAGAAUGAGAAGAAGAUGGAGUGAUGGACAAAGAAACUAUAUAUAAUCACAAUAAUAAUAAUCUAUAAUAUUAUGUUA